CACAUGGGCUGCUAGCUAGCUCCUCUCUUGUCAUCAAAUGGUAGGGGAAAAACACCGGGAUUUAACUUUCUGAGGCUUUUACCGUCAUCAUGUUGAAGUCAAAAACCUUCGUGAAGAAGAAACGGUCGGGUGGGGUGAUGAAGAUAGUGCGCGAGCAUUACCUGAGAGAUGAUAUUUGGUGCGGGAGCGAAGUUUGCACUGAAUGCAAACAGGAGUCCACGGUGCUGCAGAGUGACGCGUGUAUUGAGAGCAACCUGUGCUCUUAUCCACAUUAUUUGGUCCCUGACACGAAUGUCGUCCUGCAUCAGAUUGAUGUGUUGGAGGACCCUGUGAUUCGUAAUGUGAUAAUCCUUCAGACUGUGCUGCAGGAGGUACGCCACCGCAGUGCACCGGUCUAUAAACGCCUGAAGGACAUCAUAAAUGAGAAGGAGAAACACUUCUACACCUUCACUAACGAACACCACAGAGAGACGUUCAUUGAACGUGAACCAGGGGAGAGCGCCAACGACCGCAACGACCGUGCAAUCCGUGUGGCGACAAAAUGGUACAGCCAGCACCUGAAGACGUCCAACUCUGAGGCAGAUGGGCUCAAGGUGGUCCUCCUCACCAAUGACCAAGGGAACAAGCAGAAAGCAGAGGAGAGCGGCCUGCUGGUGUACAGAUGUGAAGAGUACAUCAAGAGUCUCAUCGGGAACCCUGAGCUUGUGGAUCGUCUGGCUUUAUCCAAUGAUGACAAGAGUGACAUCACUAGCAGUAGGGUGUUAUUCCCAGAGCACCUCCCCCUGUCCAGGAUUCAGGCAGGAAUUAAGAGCGGCUCUUUCCUCCAGGGCACCUUUAGGGCCAGCAGGGACAACUACCUGGAGGCCACAGUCUUUGUGCAGGGAGAGGGGGAAGACAGCACAGAGGUUCUCAUCCAGGGUCUUCAGAACCUCAACAGAGCGGUGUACCAGGAUGUAGUUGCCGUGCAGCUGUUACCCCGUGAUCAAUGGGUGGCGCCGUCCUCAGUUGUGCUGCAGGAUGAAGGUUCAGCAAAGGAUGAUACUGAGGAAGAGGAGGAAGAGGAGGAGAAAGCGUUGAGGAUAUCCGCAGCUGAAGCAGCCAAGAAGCCCACAGGCAGAGUCGUGGGAAUCAUCAAAAGGAACUGGAGGCCGUUCUGUGGCAUGCUCAAUCCCUCCCAGAUUAAAGAGUCAACCCGACACCUUUUCACUCCAGCAGACCGCCGUAUCCCACGCAUUCGCAUUGAAACACGUCAGGCAUCCACACUGGCAGGCCAGAGGAUUAUGGUGGCCAUCGAUGGCUGGCCCAGAAACUCCAGAUAUCCAAAUGGUCACUUUGUGCGCAGUCUGGGAGAUGCAGGGGAUAAGGACACAGAGCAGGAGGUGCUUCUGCUGGAGCAUGACGUCCCCCACCAGGCCUUCUCUCAGGCUGUGCUCAGUUUUCUUCCCAAGAUGCCAUGGGGCAUCACACCAGAGGACAUGGUGAGGAGAGAAGACCUGAGAAAUCUGACAGUGUGCAGUGUGGAUCCUCCUGGAUGUACAGAUAUAGAUGACGCCCUGCACUGCAGAGAACUGGACAAUGGAAACCUUGAGGUCGGCGUUCAUAUCGCUGACGUCAGUCACUUCAUCAGACCUGGCAACGCUUUGGACAAAGAGGCUGCAAACCGCGGCACCACUGUCUACUUGUGUGGCAAAAGGAUAGAUAUGGUUCCUGAGCUGCUCAGCUCCAAUCUUUGCUCUCUUCGCUCCAAUGUGGAAAGGCUGGCCUUCUCGUGUAUCUGGGAGAUGAACCACAAGGCUGAAAUUCUAAAGACCCGGUUCACAAAAAGUGUCAUUAACUCCAAGGCAUCGUUAACUUACGCUGAGGCCCAAAUGAGAAUUGAUGACACCACCAAGAAUGAUGACAUCACCAAGAGCCUGCGAGGUCUCAACAAACUAGCAAAAAUCCUGAAGAGAAAGAGGAUAGAGAACGGGGCGUUGACACUGUCAUCCUUAGAGGUCCGUUUCCACAUAGACAGUGAAACCCACGACCCCAUUGACCUCCAGACCAAAGAACUCAUGGAGACAAACUCCAUGGUUGAGGAGUUCAUGUUGCUGGCCAAUAUUUCAGUCGCCCAGAAGAUUUAUGAUGAAUUUCCAGACUGUGCCAUGCUGAGGAAACAUCCAGCACCGCCUCCAUCCAACUAUGACAUCCUGCUGAAGGCUGCAAAGUCUAAGGAUGUGGAUAUUCACACAGAUUCAGCCAAGGCACUGGCUGAUUCCCUUGACAUGGCCAGAGUAGACGGCUUCCCGUACUUUAACACGCUCCUGCGCAUCUUGGCCACUCGCUGCAUGAUGCAGGCUGUCUAUUUUUGUUCUGGCAUGGACAGCGAUUUCCACCACUACGGCCUCGCUUCACCCAUUUAUACACACUUCACUUCACCUAUUAGGAGGUAUGCAGAUAUUAUAGUGCAUCGCCUGCUGGCAGUGGCCAUAGGAGCAGACAGCACCUACCCAGACUUGAUGGACAAACACAAGCAGUCAGCCCUCUCCAACAACCUCAACUACAGGCAUAAAAUGGCUCAGUAUGCACAGAGGUCGUCUGUGGCAUUCCACACACAGUUGUUCUUCAAAAGUCGAGGUAUACUGAAUGAAGACGGAUUUGUCCUGUUUGUAAGGAAAAACGCAAUCAUCGUACUCAUCCCAAAGUUUGGCCUGGAGGGAACAGUCUUCUUUGACGCCAAAGACAAGGCGGCUCCAAACCUUGUCUUUGAUGAGGAGGGUCCCACUCUGAAAGUAGAGGAACACACCUUCCACAUAUUUGACAACGUGAAGGUCACCAUCAGCCUGGACUCCUCCAAUAUUCAGCACCAGAAGAUCCGCAUGGCUCUGAUUGAACCUGUGAUCCCUGGUGUGAGUGUUCCAGCCCCAGAUAUUGAACCACAGGCCAAGAAGCCAAAACUGGACCGCUGACACAGGAAGCAGCAUAGUAUUUCCCCCAGGCCACCAGCUGAUCCUCCAGAUCAAGAAGUGGUAGAUGUCUAUUAAAGUCCCAGUUUGGACUCCUGUGUUAAUGCAUCAGCAUAACUAUACUUUGAGUAAAUGUGGCCAUUUUAAUAAACUUAGCACAGUGACGCUGCAAUGUUCCAACCAUUCAAGCAGCAAUCUGCUUUUUUAUGAUGUGAAACACUUGUUUGUACAUAGACAAGAACCUGGAGCGCAAGUCGUGAACGCAGUUUAACAAUGUAGUCUGCGACUCAGUCAUUAAAGUGUUUUUUAAUCUA